UAUAUAUAUACUCAUGUAUACUCCUGAGAGCCGGGUUUUCUCUCUGAUGAAUAAAAAAAUUUUUGUAAUUAAGUUUUUUUUUUUAUUUUAAAUAGACGGCCAUUGUUAAAUAUCGCGUAAUCGAUUAGUGCACUUAACGUAAAUAAAUGUACGUACGUUAAAUAUAGUAACAUGUUUAGACUACACUAAGAGCGUAAUUGUGAUAGUAAAUUUGUGUGAUGAAAUAAUGUAUUCUUAUAAAUGCUUACUGAUAAUUUUAUUUUAUCCGGUAUCAAGGCAUUCAUUAACAGAGGAUAGUUUUUUUUAUAAACAAUUAGAUGUGACAUUAGAAUGACAAUGUGGCUGUGAAAUAAGUGACGUAUGUUACUGAAAAAUAUCAAAUUCAAUGCUCAUGGCUAAAGGAAAAUUUCGAGGUUCCAAUGGGAAUAAAGCUCUGUCAUACUCAAAUGGAACUUUCAAAGGAGCUGAAGUUUUUACAACCGAAUUUGAUAUCAAUGAAACGCCUCCUAGUGCAAGAACUUUACUUACUAAGGGAUAUAUUCAAGAUGAAAUUAAUUCUUUUUCAGGCACUACUGUUUCUACUCGUGGAAGGUUUAUGACUGAACAAGAGAAAGCAAGAUGCCCUAAUGAACGUCCACUUUAUCUUUAUAUUCAGGGCCAUACGAAACACAACAUUGAUAUGGCAAUUCAAAAAAUAAAUGAAAUAAUAAAAACAGAGCAUCAAAGCUCAUUAAAUAGACCAAGUAGAUUCACAAAUGCUCCGCCGCCUCUUAUGAGUUUGCAUACAGGAGUUCCUUCAGUAGAAAAAAUAUGCAUUGGCAUUGAAAACGCUCCUCAAAAUUUUGAUUUACGCGGGCGUAUUAUUGGCACCGGAGGAGCCAAUUUAUUGUACAUAAGAGGAGAGACUGGAGCUACUGUUACUUUAAGAGGCCGAGGGUCUCAAUUUGUUGAUCCUUCCCUAGGAACAGAAUCACCUGAGCCACUUCACUUGUACAUAGAACAUCCGAAACCAGAAGCGUUACAAAAUGCGAAACAAUUAGCAAUUAAUUUAAUACAGACGAUGCAGUCGGAGUUUCAGUCAUUUAUACAACAGCAGUUACCACCAAUCCAACCGCAGCAAGUUAUAGAAACUCCACAAAUUCAACAAAUUCAACAAGCUCACUUUCAAACUAUGAAUAUUGGCGCGUUAACUCAGUCGAACGUCGUUACUAUUCAGCAUCAAGAUAUUAUACAACACGCUCAGAGUAGUGUAGUUACACUACCGGCUACAAUAUUGACAGCAACAAUGACAGGGGGACCGGCUCCUGGAGCUGGUGGACCUCCGCCACCGGGAGUACAUAUUCCAGCACAUUCUGGGCCUUUGGUACCUUCUUCACAACCUCAAGAAAUGCAAGCGUUAAUAUCACCUGCAUCGUCUGUUGGUCAAGUGCAAUUGAUCGGACCUCCACCGACCGUCAGUCAAGUUCAAUAUCAAAUCCACCCGAGUCAGCCAGUUCAUAUCCAAGGAAUCCAAAUGCCAUCGGUAUCGCAUUCUUCCACGCCACCAAUCGCACAAAUGUACGUUAUGAGCCACCCGCCACCUCAGAGUCCAGGUCAGCAUGGAUUUAUUACCAGUAGCAGUGGGUCAGUCAGCGGAGCAGUUUCUUACGUUUAUACACAACCAAAUAUCCAACGAUCUGCAUCACCCAUCGAAGCUGUCAAUUUACAGCAGCCACCACCGACUCAUCAGCCUCCACCGCCUCUGUUACAUUUACAUUUUCCUCCCCCAAAUUUCCCAGCAAAUCAGCCGCCACCCCCGAUACCCCAGACAUAUCAGAUACAGUACCAGCAAACAGGACCUCCACCGCAAGCGCAAUUCAUCUUACAGUCUGAGGAACCAACUCAGCUGCCCCAAAAUCCUGACCAUGCUCAACAUAUUUUACCAGCUCAGUAUGAGGGCCAGCCACCUCAUCAUCAGUAUCCACUGCAGGUCCCUCCGCCAACAACACAAACUUUUAUUGUGCCAAACUCUCCUUCGCCGAACCAUCAUCAUCACCAUCAACAGCAACAUCAACAUCAGCAUCAUUACCAACAGCAGCAGCAUCAUCAUCAGCAUCAGCAUCAACAUCAUCGUCAACCCCCGCUUCUAAUGGGAGUCGAGGGACAACACGAGGGAGCAAUUGAUCAAGGGCCACCUCAACCAGUGCCACCACCGCCCCAGAUGGUGCCACCGCCGACUGUUAAUCAAUUACCGAAUUCCAUGAAUAUUUUAACGACUAUGCCGCCACCAAAUCAACCACCGCAGCAAAACGCGCCCUGGCUCUAUCAAACCCAACAACCGCCACCGCAUCAAGGACAGAUACAAGUUCAGGUACCGGCACCUCAAGGGCUGCAUCAUGCGCCGCCCUCGCAAGUUCAAUCGCAUAUUCAGUAUCAUACUCAUCAAUUGCAAUGUCAAAAUGGCCAGAUAUCUACGCAAGUCCACUAUGCUAUUCAACCACCGCAUCACUUUGAAAUGCAUAAGCCGGACUCACCAGAGCAUCAUAAAGGUCAUGGGGUUAAAAGGCGAUUUACUGACGUUGAGGGACUUCAGGAGGCACCUCCUUAUCAAUGUGGCCCGCCGCCUGUACAACGUCACGGAAAUGGACAGCAGCAACUGAUGCACGUUCAUCCCUUAGGAGGUAUCGGUCAUCACCACGAAGAUGGAAGUCAGCUGCUAAUUCAUCCAGGUGAGAAACGGCAUUUGGAUCAAUCAGGAUCGAAUUCAGGCAAUGAUCAAAAUUUCGCUGGAGACUGUGGCCCAGGGCAGCAAAUUCCACCGGCCCCCUUGCCGUGGCAAUCUCAUCACGUUCGUGUUCCUUGGUCUCGACCUCCACCUCCACCGCCACCUCCACCGCCUCCUCGAGAGGGAGAGCACCACGUGUUGUAUCCAGUGCCACCACUACCAACAAAUAUGCCGCCUCCCCAAAUUAGGCCGAGAGGGCAAAAUCAACAACAACAGCAACAACAAGACGUCGAUCGAACUAGAUCUCCUGUCCAAGGAGCGACUAUGGAGCAUCACAUGAAUGUCGAGCAUAAUCAGCUGGCUCCUUAUUCGGCUAAGCCGCCACCAUACAAUUCACUACCAUUAAUGCAGUCUGUCUGCAGUGCACCGCCACCACCACCACCAUUACCACCACCGCCACCACCACCACCCCCAUCUCAUCAUCAUCAACAACGACCUCAAUACCAACCGGUCUCACAAGGACAUCAACCCCCGGUGGCUUGUCCUCCAUGGAUCAAUUAAUUGUAUCUUCAUAUUGGCUCACUAGACAAAGAUUAAAUUUACUCUGGUAAAUUAUGAUCUUUGCUUCAUUAACCCCAUCAUCAUAAUUAAAUAUUUGUCUGUGAAAAUUUUAUCAAUUGUCGUUACAAACUAAGGAGCCUUGAUGUUUAAUUAUUUAUAUUUAAAUUAACUGUAGCUCAGGUAUUGAAACAAACAAACAAUUGUAAAGUUCAUUUUUAUCAACGAAAUGCAUCGACUAAAGCGCGUCCAAAAACAUUUAUCAUUUCAAUAUGUAAUAUAUAUUAUAACCAAUUUAAAUUUAUUGUGUACAGUUUAAAUAAAAGUUGUUUC